AGCCGAGCCUCCUCCGUCAAUGCGUCCCGAGCCUGUGAUACCAUCAUCAUCAUCAUCCACCAUCGUCUCAUCUCCGUCCUUUCGCGCUUCCACGAAUCGCAGCUAUCGAACCUUAGACGCCGUUGGAGAACCCCUGAGGAGGAGCCGUACCGAGAAUGUCUAAAGCUCGCGUCUACGCCGACGUGAACGUCCUCCGUCCGAAAGAUUACUGGGACUACGAGUCCCUGACCGUUCAGUGGGGGGAGCAAGACGACUACGAGGUGGUUCGGAAGGUGGGGAGAGGGAAAUAUAGCGAGGUCUUCGAAGGGAUCAACAUCACCAACUCCGAGCGGUGCAUCAUCAAGAUCCUUAAGCCCGUUAAGAAGAAGAAGAUUAAGAGGGAGAUCAAGAUCCUCCAAAAUCUUUGUGGAGGUCCCAACAUUGUGAAGCUACUUGAUAUUGUUCGAGAUCCACAAUCAAAGACGCCUAGCCUGAUUUUUGAAUAUGUGAACAGUACCGACUUUAAAGUUCUCUACCCAACACUGACAGAUUAUGACAUACGCUAUUAUAUAUACGAGCUGCUUAAGGCCUUGGAUUAUUCCCAUUCACAAGGAAUAAUGCACAGAGAUGUAAAACCUCACAAUGUUAUGAUAGACCAUCAACUGAGAAAGCUUCGCUUGAUAGAUUGGGGACUUGCUGAGUUUUACCAUCCUGGCAAGGAGUAUAAUGUACGUGUUGCUUCAAGGUACUUUAAGGGCCCUGAGUUAUUGGUUGACUUGCAAGAUUAUGACUAUUCUUUGGAUAUGUGGAGCCUUGGUUGCAUGUUUGCAGGAAUGAUUUUCCGGAAGGAGCCUUUCUUCUAUGGACAUGACAACCACGAUCAGCUUGUUAAGAUUGCCAAGGUGCUUGGCACGGAUGAACUAAACGCUUACCUAAAUAAAUACCGGUUGGAACUUGAUCCUCAAUUAGAAGCAUUAGUUGGCAGGCACAGCCGAAAGCCAUGGUCUAAAUUUAUCAAUGUGGACAAUCAGCAUUUGGUCUCUCCAGAGGCCAUUGAUUUUCUUGAUAAACUUCUUCGCUAUGAUCACCAAGAUCGACUUACAGCACGGGAAGCAAUGGCACAUCCUUAUUUUAUUCAAGUUAGGGCUGCAGAGAACAGCAGAACUCGCACACAGUGACUGGCAUAAGAUUUAGUUUCACAAUCUGGUGCAUGGUUCAAGUGAACGUUGGAUUCUGAGAAGCUGUAUUGUUGUCGUCAGGUUUCCAAUAUUUUAGCAUUUGUUCUACCCUCAUUGACUUUUUUGAGUUUGCUGUAAUCAGGGGUAGCACAGUUGAAAAACAAUUGCUAUACAAAAGAUUGGUUCUGCAGUUGCUUGCCUCAAGUUCAUACGAACAUAUAUGUCCCCAUCUGGAAUGCAAUCUUAGAUUGUAUACAGCAAACGCUGCAGUCACACUUUAUGAAUUUUAUGAAUAUUUGUUCCUUCA